AUGCUGAAGAGGAAAUUACGGUUUUGCCACAACUCGCGCUUCAGGUUUUUCCUGGGCCUAACUCUUAUUCUGGUAAUCCUUUCGGUUUUGAAAGUUAACCAGAAAGAAGACUUCUUAAAUCGGAGGCAUCUAGAGCUAACAAAAGAAGAUCCUAUUAGCACUGUUAACUGCACCAAGAUUAUUGACGGGGAUGUAGAAGAAAUACAAAAGGUAAAGCUUGAGACAUUGUCAGUGUCAUUUAAGAAACGCCCCAGACUAACAACAAAUGAUUAUAUUAACAUGACAGCAGACUGUGCCUCCUUUACCAAGACUAGGAAAUACAUUAUGGAACCUCUCAGCAGUGAAGAAGCAGAAUUUCCAAUUGCUUACUCAAUAGUGGUUUAUCACAAAAUUGAGAUGCUUGAUAGACUCCUAAGAUCAAUCUAUGCUCCCCAGAAUUUUUACUGCAUUCAUGUAGACAAAAAAUCUCCAGAAUCUUUUUUUGCUGCUGUGAAGGGAAUAGUCUCAUGUUUUGAUAAUGUCUUUAUUGCCAGCCAGUUAGAGAGUGUGGUAUAUGCUUCAUGGAGUAGAGUGCAGGCAGACAUUAACUGCAUGAAAGAUCUCUACAGAAGAAGUUCAAACUGGAAAUACCUCAUAAAUCUAUGUGGUAUGGACUUUCCUAUAAAGACCAACCAGGAAAUAGUUGAGAAAUUGAAAGCCCUUAAAGGUGAAAACAGCUUGGAAACAGAAAAAAUGCCUGUUUAUAAAGAAGUAAGGUGGAAGAAACACCAUGAGAUUAUUGAUGGCAAAAUAAAGAACACAGGCAUAGACAAACAACUACCACCUCUGGGUACUCCAAUUUUUUCUGGCAGUGCUUAUUUUGUAAUUAGCAGAAGAUUUGUAGAAUACGUAUUAGAAAGCAGCAAAAUACUUCAGUUCAUUGAGUGGGCAAAGGAUACUUACAGUCCAGAUGAAUACCUGUGGGCAACAAUUCAGAGAAUCCCUGAAGUCCCAGGUGCAGUUUCUGCUAGCAACAAGUACGACGUUUCUGACAUGAAUGCACUGGCCAGGUUUGUCAAGUGGCAAUACUUUGAAGGGGACAUGUCCAAAGGUGCACCCUACCCACCGUGCAGCGGAGUUCACGUUCGCUCUGUCUGCGUUUUUGGAGUAGGGGAUUUGAACUGGAUGCUACGAAACCACCACUUCUUUGCUAAUAAGUUUGACACUGAUGUUGACCCUUUUGCAGUGAAAUGUUUGGAAGAGUAUUUGCGGCACAAGGCUUUGUAUCUGCAAAAGAACUGA